GCACGAAACGAUAUCUUCUGGAAAAUACCAUUGAAUACUAAGAACUUCUCAAUGUUUAACAGUAGCAAGAAAGCUUACGAAUCGAUGUCGAAGAAGUUCCAAGCAAAUUAUUGCUUAUAUCCAGCUAAAUAUAGAUACCAUCCCUCCCAAGAGAAUCAAUACUUGAGUUUUCCUUACACAUGGCUUAAUAUCACCAUCAAUGAGACUCAACUGGUGUCAACAUACAACCAUUACAUUAUUGAAAUGUCGAAGAUCUUCGAUAUAAUUAAAUACAGCCUUGUUUUUAUGUUCGUUGUAAUAUUAUUUUACGCAAUCGUUCCUAAUAAAUCGCCCUUGGUGGAGCAGAGAUCUAAAAAAGAGUUGGAAAUAAGAAGAUACGCCACACAUGAGGAAUUUAUUAUACACGACGAUGAAUUAAAAUAUAUACAAUAGAUAAACAACGAAAAAUCCUAGAGGUUAAGUACCAAACCUCGACUUAUGUCACUCCACAUGGCUAUUUGAAUUUUUGUAUUUGAUAUAUCUGGCAAACAAUCACCAUGCAAAUAUGUAGUAUCUAUAUGUGGCAAAAUAUUUGCCAUGUUUGACAAAUACACCAAACACGUCACGCGUUGUUGGUUCCGUCCAAACUAUGAUCAAAUUUGUUAUUUUAACUACUUAUUUGGCUCCAUGUGUAAACGAUCAUAUUUGUAAAUUCUUUAUCGAAUGCAUAUCGAAUGUCAAAUAUUUGUCGAAGCGAAAGUUUUAAUACACCCAAUAGAGAAUACGAACAGCCAUGUGUAAUAUCGCCUUAACGCGUGUUAUAUUUUACAUAUCUAUUUGAUUAGUACAAAAUUUUUUCUAGUGGCUUUUCGACGCAAAGCUAAAAACAAAUAGAUCUGCGUACGUAAUAUUGGUGUAUAUAUAUGUAUUUCUCUAAUAUUCUCCCGUUUUUGUAGAACCAUCAUAUC